AUGUGUGACAAGCCAGACCUCUCAGAGAUAUAGAAAUUCAACAAGAGGAAGCUGAAGAAAAACAAAGAGAAGAACAUGCUGCCCUCCAAGGAGACUAUUGAACAGGAGAAGGAAUGUAUGAAGUCUUUCUAG